AUGUCUUCCAAGCAUCUUUCCAAUGACAUCACGGCCCUGGUCCAAGCCAGUCUGAGGUCGGCAACACUACUUAACCCCCAAGUCGGGUUUGACUCGGAGAACAAGACUGUGUACCUCCGCAGCGCCUCAUCCUCCGAUAAUGUUGCGAUUGUUUCUGGUGGUGGUUCCGGACACGAGCCGGCAUACGCUGCUUUUGUUGGACAUGGCCUGCUCUCAGGAGCCGUAGCCGGCUCUAUCUUUGCUUCGCCCUCGGCCGAUCAGGUCUUCCAGUGCCUAAUGCGCCUAGGCGCAGAGAAACCCGGGCGUGGUAUUUUAGUCAUCAUUAUGAACUACACAGGCGACGCUCUGCACUUUGGCAUGGCGAUAGAGAAGGCGCGCGCACGGGGCCUGAAGGCGCAGCUGCUCAUUGUAGGCGACGACGUCGGUGUCGGCAGAGCCAAAAGUGGCCGGGUGGGCCGUCGAGGACUGGCUGGAACUGUUCUGGUGCAAAAGAUUGCGGGCGCGUUGGCUGCCAGGGGGGCCGCUAUUGAAAAGGUGUUUGAGAUGGCAUCGCUCGUGGCUUCAAAUGUUGCUACAGUUGGCGCAUCUCUAUCUCAUGUGCACGUACCUGGCCGGGUAGCCUCUAAGGACGAGCUUGACGGUAAUGAUGAGAUCGAGAUCGGUAUGGGUAUCCAUAAUGAGGAAGGUUUCGGGCGUGUGAAGACAGAUCUGCAGGGACUUAUCUCGAUGUUAUUGAAGCAGCUGCUAGACACCUCCGAUAAAGACAGAGGAUUUAUUGAAAUCAAGAGUGGCGAGCCUGCUGUUCUUAUGAUCAACAAUCUGGGCGGACUGAGCCAGCUAGAAUUGGGAGCAGUGACAACUGAGGUCUACAAGCAACUCGGUGACAACUAUGGCAUCAUUCCGAAGAGAGUGCUUGCAGGAACAUAUAUGUCCAGUCUGAAUGGCCUCGGGUUCAGUGUCACAUUACUCAAGCUUGUUAACAAAGACUUCGUGGAGCUGCUUGACGAUAAAGCCGAGGCUACCGGCUGGAUACCGCCAGCUCCUCCCGCCAGCUGGAAGCUGCAGGGAUCGUCGGGCAACGACCAGACCGAGAAGCUGGACUUCAGCGAGAAGGAUACUCCGAGCAAUCUAACCGUCAAGCAAGCAGAUGUCCAAAAGUAUCUUACCAUAGGCUUGAAGAACUUAAUAGAAGCAGAGCCUGAAGUGACAAAGUAUGAUACCCUUGUCGGUGAUGGAGAUUGUGGUUUAUGCCUCAAGGUUGGGGCCGAAGCGGUGCUAUCUUAUGUUCAAUCUCAGCCGACCACAGAUGCCGUCCAACUUGUCUCACAACUAGCCCAUGUUAUCGAGAAGAGCAUGGAUGGUACGUCGGGCGCUCUUUACGCCAUCUUCAUCAAUGCUCUUGCUACCAAGCUUCGCGAGGCCGAUCGCGAGGCACAGCCCACACAGGCCACCCCUGUUAUCUGGGCCAAGGCAUUGCAAGGGGCCAUGGAGGCCCUUGGCCGAUACACACCCGCCAGGCCGGGAGACCGUACCGUCGUGGAUGCUCUAGCACCAUUUAUCGAGGCUUUCACCUCCUCAGGAGACAUUAGCACAGCCGUUCAGGCGGCUCGAAAAGGCUGCGAAAACACUAAAGGAAUGGAGGCGAGUUUGGGUCGCUCGGUCUACGUGGGCGGAGAUGAAUGGAAGAAUUGUCCUGAUCCUGGCGCAUUUGGGUUGGUGAAAUUUCUCGAGGGAUUUGUAGGAGUGUAA